UGUCGCACAAAUUCUUAAAAAUUACACAAAAUUGUUCAAUGCACUUCAAUUUUGUGUAGUGAGUUGUUUGGAUGUAACCAAAAUUGGACCAGGAGACCAGCAAAUGACGGACAAUGCAGGAUUUAAGGCUGAUGAGGAAACAUACUCAUCAGCAACAGCGCCAACACAAGAGAAUCCACCGCCUUACACAAGUUCAAUGAACUUGCAAAAUGAUUUCAGUUCCAAGGCAAAUUUGACAGAAAAAAAUGAACUCGCUUUGAGUGAAGAUCCUUAUAAUCCCUUCGAUCAUCGUGAUCCAAAAGGUGCCAGUGCUGGCGGUGCAUUGGCCCAUUUGCUGAAGGGCUCUCUCGGCACUGGAAUUCUGGCUAUGCCCAUGGCCUUUCACAAUGCCGGUCUUGUAUUUGGCAUGUGUAUGACACUUAUCGUUGGUUUCCUCUGCACUCACUGCGUUCACAUUUUGGUCAAAACAUCGCAUAACAUUUGCCGGGAUGCUAAAGUGCCAGCUCUGGGAUUCGCUGAAACGGCUGAGAAAGUCUUUGAAUAUGGACCAAAGGGCGUUAGAAGAUAUUCCAAUUUUGCAAAGCAAUUUGUGGACAUUGCUCUGAUGGCUACUUACUAUGCUGCAUCCUGUGUGUAUGUUGUGUUCAUUGCCGAAUCCUUCCAUGAUGUAAUCAACUAUGAUUGCGGCAUCACCUGGGAUAUACGCAUCUAUAUUGCAUUUGCCAUUAUUCCAUGUCUGUUCAUUGGACAGAUUAGGAAUCUUAGGUGGUUGGUGCCCUUCUCUUUGAUGGCCAACAUAUUCAUUGUGAUCACAUUUGCGAUUACCCUGUAUUAUAUGUUUGAUGAAACGCUUGUGUAUUCCAAUAAGCCGCUCAUAGCGAAAGCCUCAAGUAUCCCAUUGUUCUUUGCAACCGUCAUCUUUGCCAUGGAGGGUAUUGGAGCUGUUAUGCCAGUGGAGAAUUCAAUGAGAAAGCCUCAACAAUUUUUGGGUUGUCCUGGUGUCUUGAAUAUUUCCAUGUUCACGGUGGUUGCUCUCUAUGCCAUCAUUGGCUUCUUCGGUUAUGUGCGAUUCGGAGAUGCAGUUCGUGGUAGUGUCACCCUCAAUCUGCCAUAUGGCAACUGGUUGGGCGAUACCGCAAAACUGUUGAUGGCUGUGGCCAUUCUCUUCACCUUUGGCCUGCAGUUCUUUAUUCCCAGCGAUAUUCUGUGGCGUAAAAUCAAGCACAAUUUCAGCCCCGAAAAGCACAAUAUCACACAGAUCCUUUUGCGUACUGGCAUUAUUUUAAUAAUUGGCGCCGUUGCCGAAGCCAUUCCCGACUUGGAACCGUUCAUCAGUUUGGUGGGAGCUGUGUUCUUCUCCUUGCUGGGUAUCUUUGUGCCCAGUGUUGUGGAGACUGUCUACUUGUGGCCCAAUUUGGGAUGGUGCAAAUGGAAACUGAUUAAGAAUAUUUUGCUUGCCGUAUUCGCCAUUUUGGCUUUAAUUGCCGGAGCUGUGGCCAGUAUCGGUGAGAUCAUUGACAUGUACAGCAGCGAUAGCGAUUAGGGAGACAAUCGCUUGGGAGUUGGAUCGCCAACAAUAUAUAACUAGUAUUAAUUGAGAAGCAGGUACACUCCAAGAGUGAGAGCAAACAUUAAUAAGCGUUGAGUGCAAGAGUUCAACAAGUAAACAAACAAAAAAAAACUACUACAACUCCAGAAUUGAUCCCAACAAGAAGACCAUGUUGAACAUGGACUCAAUGCCAUUCCAUACAUAAACCACACACAACCGAAGUGCGUUGACUGCAUAAACAAGAUGAUAUUAAUUUCUAAGAUUUUUUUACAUUAUGUAUACGCAUAUACAUAUAUACCUCUCUUCAUAAGGUAUUGAUAUAUGAACAUACAUAUGUGAGUGUUAUACCUUAAUGACUAGAAAAACUGCAAUUCAUAGAAUUUAUAAAUGUUGUAUUCCUAGGAUUAUUAUUCUUUGUAUGUGCCGACAAAAAGACAAAUACAUAAAAAACAUAACUCUUGAA